CUCCACCUCUAAUUAGCUUGCAUGACGUCAGCGAUGCGGUGGCGGAGAGGACCAGCCGGGGUUUUACAGGCCUGUCAGAAUCUGGGAGCAGACAGAGAGACUGACAUCAGACGGAGAGAGACUUCCUGACAACGCUGUUGAAAAUGGGAAACGUUCAACCUACCAUUGUUCCUUAUGCAGACUUUGAUGUGACGUCUGAUAUCAAAGCUAUACGAAAAGCCUGCAAAGGCUUGGGGACCGAUGAAGAGGCCAUCAUCUCCAUCUUGGCCAACCGCUCUGCGGCCCAGAGGGUGGAAAUAAAGCAAGCUUAUUUUGAAAAAUAUGAUGACCUGGAGGAGGUUCUGAAGAGCGAGCUGACGGGCAGCUUUGAGAAGGCCAUCGUCGCCAUGCUGCACCCUCCGCACAUCUACGCCGCCAAGGAGCUCCGCCGCGCAAUGAAGGGAGCGGGCACCGACGAGGACGUGCUGGUGGAGAUCCUGUGCACCAGCACCAACCAGGAUAUCAAAAACCUGAAAGAUGCCUAUGCCCAAGUAAACGAGCGUGACUUAGAGGCUGAUAUUGAGGAUGACACGAGUGGAGAUGUGAGGAACUUGCUGACCUCUCUGCUUGAGGCAAUCAGGGAUGAAAACUUCGAGGUGGAUGAGGCCUUAGCUGAGCAAGAUGCAACAGCAUUAAUCGAGGCUGGAGAGGCUCGGUUUGGUACUGAUGAGUCCACCUUCACCCACAUCCUCACACACAGGAACUACCUGCAGCUCCAGGCCACAUUCAAGUUCUAUGAAUCACUCUCUGGCACUGAAAUCCUGGACUCCAUAGAGGAUGAGGCCACGGGGACCUUAAAGGACUGCUACAUCACCCUGGUGCGCUGUGCCAAAAACCCCCAGCUAUACUUCGCUCGCCGACUGAACGCCGCCAUGAAAGGAUCUGGCACAGACGAGGACACACUCAUCCGCAUCGUCGUGAGCCGCUCCGAGAUUGAUCUGGAGACCAUCAAAGAGAUGUACCUGGAGAAGUACGACGUGACCCUGAAGGAGGCUUUGAGCUCAGACUGUGGCGGCGACUUCAAGCGUCUGCUGCUGGAUAUCAUCCACUAAGAGAGGCAGCCUCACAGACCACUAGGCUGCUACGCCAGCUGUCCUCUCCUCAGCUCCAGCCAACAGAGCUCAGCCAGCACCCUCCCUCUCUCUCUCUCUCGCUCUCUCUCUCCCACCCCCUCACUC